GCUGAGAUGGAGAGUGAUGUUUCUUGCCAGGUUCUUGACGGGCUAGCAGCUCGGAUAACAACCGCGGUUCAAGGCUAUCAUCCUACAUCAAAACUAUUUGGGGAGUGUUGUUUGCAGGUAUGCUAUCUUUAUUGCUUUUUAUGCUGAUUCAUGAGGUAUGAUGUAACUAAACCACAUUUAGGGAUGGAACCGGUGACACGAAUAUGAGUAUUGUAUCAGUGAAUAACAAUAGAAAGAACAACCUGAGAGUCUAGAUGGCGAUUUCUUAGAAACAUAAUAAAAACACCUCAUGGGCUGUAUUAAAAAUAAGACCUUUUAAGUCUCUCAAACUUUACUGCAUUCAUAUAAGAGUACUAAUUUAUACGGAGAAGCGAAUAAACUAAUUUCAUUAUG